GCGCGUCGACGGCCACGGCUCGGCCUCUCCUCCAGGCGCGCUCGCGAGUGCGGCAGCGGCGUCCGGCCUGCGCGUCUCGUCUCGUGUCGUGUCGUGUGGUGCGGGCAGUGGAGUGCGGUGCUGGGGAAGUGCAUGGCGCGAGUGCCGGGGGGCCGCGAGUGCCGUUCGAGUGCCUGACGCAGUGCGCGUGCCGUGAUGGGGGCGCCGGGGCUGCUGCUGCUGCUGCUGGUGUUGCUGGCGGCGCUGGGAGGCUGCGGGCCGCGCGGGGCGAGCGCCGUCAUCGAGGAGCGAGGUGUUGAAUGUUCAGGUUUUGAAUGUAAGGUGAAAGACGUGCCAAUUUGGAAAGUAGUGAUUGGUCACACAUCACAUGCAACUGUGGGACUUCCUCGGAUUGUUUGGAGUGAGUCAGGUUCACUUGCCAGAACGUCCGAGGGCCAUUUCUAA